AGGAGUGUCUCUUUUUCACGGAAGAGGCUUUGCCCACAGCCAGCAUGGAGGAAAGAUUCUAUGCAGCAACAUGCUUGGCCUUAUUUGGAUUGCUAAAUUCUUAUGGAAUGGCUAGUGCUCUGGACAUUAAACCUAACGUUGUUUUGAUGCUGGCUGAUGAUCUUGGGAUUGGAGAUAUAGGCUGCUACGGUAACAACACUAUCAAGACCCCUAACAUUGACCAGCUAGCAAUGGAAGGUGUGAAACUUACUCAGCAUAUUGCAGCAGCUUCACUUUGUACACCAAGCAGAACAGCUUUCCUGACUGGCAGAUACCCCAUCAGAUCAGGCAUGGCAUCAAGCAGUUCAUAUCGAGCAUUGCACUGGAAUGCUGGCUCAGGAGGACUCCCUGUCAAUGAAACGACUUUUGCUAAAAUAUUGCAUCAGCAAGGUUAUACCACAGGACUGGUAGGGAAGUGGCAUCAAGGUGUAAACUGUGACUCUGUCAAUGAUUAUUGUCAUCAUCCCCUAAAUCAUGGCUUUGAUUAUUUUUAUGGCAUGCCUUUCACUCUUCUCAGCAACUGCCAGGACAACAAGACUCCAGAUCUGGAUGCAGCCUUUCAAGCGAAGCUGUGGUUUUACACUCAGCUCAUUGCCCUAGCCAUCCUAACAGUUUUUGCAGGGAAGCUUGCAGGGCUGUUCUCUGUUACUUGGAAGGGAUGCAUCUGGUUAUCAUUGCUCGGAUUUCUAUUUUUUGCUUCCUGGUAUUCCAGCUACGGCUUUGUGAAAUACUGGAAUUGUAUCUUGAUGCGCAACUACGACAUUACUGAACAACCAAUGAGGCUGGAAAGAACAGCUUCUCUCAUGCUAAAUGAAGCAGUUUCAUUUAUUCAGAGCAACAAACACAGACCAUUCCUUCUCUUUGUUUCUUUUCUACACGUCCACACACCUCUGUUUACCACAGAAAGAUUUCUUGGGAAAAGCAGGCAUGGUAUAUAUGGCGACAAUGUAGAGGAAAUGGACUGGUUGGUAGGCCAGAUUCUAAAAACUAUUGACAAGGAAGGACUUAGAAGCAACACACUUGCCUAUUUUGCCUCAGAUCAUGGAGGACAGCUGGAAGCUCAAGAAGGAGCAAUCCAGCUAGGUGGCUGGAAUGGCAUAUAUAAAGGAGGCAAAGGCAUGGGAGGCUGGGAAGGAGGAAUUCGUGUCCCAGGCAUAUUUAGAUGGCCUGGAAUGCUCCCUGCUAACACUGUUGUGGAUGAACCAACAAGCCUUAUGGAUAUUUACCCUACAGUCACUCAUUUAGCUGGAGGAGUUUUGCCUAAGGACAGAAUAAUUGAUGGGAAGAAUCUGUUGCCUUUACUACAACAAAAAGUCAAGAAAUCAGACCAUGAGUUCUUGUUUCAUUACUGCGGAUCAUACUUACAUGCAGUUCGCUGGCAUCAGAAAAAUACUGGUGCCUUAUGGAAGGCUCAUUACGUGACACCAAUAUUCCACCCCAAAGAUGCAGGAGCCUGUUAUGGGAAAGGGAUUUGCCCAUGUUAUGGAGAAGGUGUAACUCAUCACGACCCUCCUUUGCUCUUUGAUUUGUCAAGAGACCCAUCUGAAGCAGUGCCUCUGUCAGCAGAUACUGAGCCACAGUUUCACUCAGUCCUAAAACAAAUAGGAAAGGCUGUGGAGGAUCAUCGGAGAACUCUUACUCCUGUCCCACAGCAGCUGUCUCUCUACAACAUUAUGUGGAAACCAUGGCUACAGCCUUGCUGUGGGACAUUCCCAUUCUGCUGGUGUGAUAAGGAAAGUGCCAGUACACCUUCAGUUAAUGUUGGCUAGCCAAAGCAUAUUGCUGCAAUGAAGUUUUUAGUAUAGAGAAUGCCAACCAAGAUCAUGAAGUCACACUCUGAAGAAACUCAAAAAGGAGGAGGGGAAUAGCAUAAAAAAGAUAUCUGACAAGAUAUUUCAGGUUCCAUUUUUGCAUUGCCCUGGGCAUCCUAUGUUCCAACCUAUGAGCCAGUGCCUAUGCUUCAUGACUGGUAACUGUGCUCCAAAAUCAGUCUCUUUCUGUCCCAUUUUCUGCCCUUAUUUUGCUAAAGCUUGCUCUGACACCCAACCCCCCAACUCCAUUUCAGAGAAGCUCUUCCUUUCUCUCCUCUUCUCCUCUGAUCCCUUACCCUUUCUGUAAAGGUCUCCCUUACUAGCAUUAUGCGUUUUUCCCCACUUCCCUUAAUUUUCCUUUCUUACUAGAUUUUCACUGAAUCAUUUUUAUUGUUUGUUUCCCUAUUCUCUUGUGCAGGGGUGGGAAGGAUGUCAUCCAUGGGUUGUAAUCAUCUUUUCAACCUGUUUUUACAGCCCUCUCAGAGGCCCUCCAAAGUCUCUAGACCUCCGCAUUUUUAAAAAACAAAAGGCAAACUUUCCCCCAAAACACUGAAGAGUGAUAUUAUGUACUCAAAACAGCUCUGAACCACCCCACCCCCACUUACAUCCCCCUCUCCAGCCUUCCUCGGUAGAUGAAGAAAUAGGGGGCAACCAAGGAAGGUGGCCCUUGAGAACUUCAGCAACCAAAAAAGGUGGCCCUUGAGGACUUCACCGGUACCAAAAGUGGGCAUCAUCCUUGCUGCAGUUGUCUGUCCCUUUUCUAGUAACUAACCUGCCCUAUGCCCUCUCCUAUCUGGUGUGUUAUUUUGUUCUCAAUAAACCCAGACCUAUUUCCCACUUACUUUUCCUCUUUCCUAGUCUUUUGGCCCUGUGUGCAAUGCAGAUCAAAAACCUUUUGGUAUCUGACAAUAUGAGAGCCAGCGUGAUGAGUGUUUGGGUGUUGGGCUAGGUCUCUGGAGACCAAGUUUCAAAUCCCUGCUCAUCCAUAGAAACCCAUUAUGGGCAACUCACAUAGUCUCAGCCCCAAAGAAAGGCAAUGGCAAACACCCUCUGAACAAAUUUUCCCAAGAAAACCUCAUGAUAGACUUUAGGGUCUCCAUAAGUCAGAAAUGACUUUUUUAAAAAAGAUUUAUUUCUAGCCUGCCCAAUCACGAAGAAUCUGGGCGGGUUACAACAAUAAAAUACAUCAAAUUACAAUAGAGUUUUAAAAAAUCAAGCCCUAGAUCUGUCACACAGCAACAAUAAUCUGACAGACUCGUCCUUGCGGUAGCUUUUCCAUUCCCCCUUCUUCUUGAGGCUUUGUUAACAUACAAGGUGUCAUUUACUCUCUCUGCAUUAUCACACAUUUGGUAGGUUUUUUGAAUUAUACUAAUCUUGUUAAAUUGCAAGGAAGAUGAAGAUCAGCAGUUACCUGACUGUAUACUGAUUUCCUUGCAUUCAGAUAUAUCCAACUGAUUUAUUGCAUGCUUCCUAUUUCUUUUUUUUUAAUAAUCUUUAUUAAAUUUCAAUUUUAAAAGACAGAGUAUGCAUUGAUUUCUAACAAUAUUAUUAUUACAUUUAUCGUAAACUCUGCACCCUUCCCUCCCUCCCCCUUUUUCUACUCUUAUUGUGCUGUUACACUAC